UAUAUCACGACUUCGACCCCCCAACAAAAAUGUUAAGCGCCGAAAGAUAGCCCAAAAGAAAAUUGAGCGCCAUAAUAUCAUCCAUCUUUCAUCUUUAAAAACCAUGAAAAUUCCAGGAAUAAUUCACCUCCCAACAACAACAACAUUAGCAGCAGCAACAAUUCAUAAACCCUCAUUUUCUCUCUCCUCUUCCCGCCAUUUUUUCUCUCUCCAAUUUCUCAACAACACCAUUAACAUGCCACCUUCAUCUUCCUCCUCCAAAACUCUAAUUGAUUUCUUCCCCCAAUCCAACCCUAAACGCCGUAAAACCACCGAUAAUGUCAGCUUGCAGUCAUCAGUUACUUCCCUUCCUGUUUCCUCUUCUUCGCUUUCGGUCACCGAUAAUGGCGGUUCCUGUGACGGAAACCCUACCGAUGCUUCUGGGGUGCUGAGUGCUGAGCAGAAAUUUAGAAUGGAGUUUAAUAAAUCCCUAGCUUUGUCUAAAAGGAAUCUUCGAAUUUGUUCUGAAAAAGUUCUGAAUUCUAAAGCUGAAGGGGGCAAUGGUUAUGUGAAGCUAAAGGAGCUCCUUGUGGAGGAUUCAUGGUUGGCGGCUCUUUCGGAGGAGUUUGAAAAGCCUUAUGCUACGAGUCUAUGCAAAUUUGUUGAGACAGAAAUUUGUGGCAGCAAAGUUCCCAUUUAUCCUCCUCCAAACUUGAUCUUCAAUGCUCUCAACUCAACACCGCUUGAUAAAGUUAAGGCUGUCAUCCUUGGGCAGGAUCCAUAUCAUGGACCAGGACAGGCAAUGGGUCUAUCUUUCUCAGUACCUGAGGGUAUCAAGAUUCCUUCAAGUCUUGGAAAUAUAUUCAAGGAACUCAAGCAAGAUCUUGGAUGCUCUAUUCCAUCUCAUGGGAAUUUGGAGAAAUGGACUGUUCAGGGUAUUUUGCUGCUCAACACGGUCCUCACGGUUAGGAAUCAUCAAGCUAAUUCUCAUGCUAAGAAAGGUUGGGAACAGUUGACUGAUGCAGUAAUACGAACAAUCUCUGAAAAGAGGAGAGGUGUUGUAUUUAUCCUUUGGGGAAAUUGUGCUCAGGAGAAAGUCAGGUUGAUUGAUGAGUCUAAGCACCAUAUUCUCAAAUCAGCUCAUCCUUCUGGUCUUUCUGCUCAUAGGGGUUUCUUUGGAUGCAGGCACUUUUCGCGUACAAACCAGAUUCUGGAGAAGAAUGGGGAAUUGCCUAUCGACUGGCACUUGUGAGCAGAUAUUAUAAAUAUCACAUUAUGAGUAGGUUGCCCCUUGCCUUAAUUAUGGUUCCAAGGUCUAGAUUUUUGUUGCCUUAGCCAGUUAGCCCCUUUGUGUAGCAAAAUGUCUUUCAGCUUUCAGGGGAGACCUGGGUUUUUUAUGCCGUAGAUGGCAAUCUGGUAUGUACACGGAACAGUGACUAAUGUAUGCGAGGUAUCUUUUGGAGCAAACCUAGGGAGUUUUGUAUGAUAUCGAUAGCAAUGUGGUAUGUAAAUGGAACAAUGAUUUUAUGUAUGCCUGAAGCUGAAGGAAUGCAAACCCUCGGUGUCAUUGCAGACUAUGAGCAACACUAGCCAGUGAGGCAUGGUAGUUUUGAUGUCAAAAUGGAUGAUUUAACACCCAAUAUGGCGAAGCUCUCACCUAAAUUUGUAGCCUGCAACCCAAGGAAGACUACCCAGAACUAGUAGUAGCAUGAAUGAAAGGGAAGGGAACAGAUAACUAGACAAUUUACUGAUGUUGAUCUUAGCAAAAUUGGCUUACAAGUUUAUGGAUUUCCAUGCCAAGCUUGUUACAAACUUACAAACAUGUGUAAAAUUGACUAACAUAGAAAUCCCAAACCUCUUGUCAUCUUAUAUGAGUUACUAAUUAUAAAUCUGGUUGAAUUCAAUUUAUUACAAUUUUAGGCAGUGCUUUUUACAUAAGAAAUAUAAAUAACCUAUAUGAUGUAUUACAUUAGUGGUACUAAGCCUCGGGCAAGUAGUAACCCCAACAUUAAUUUUUUUUUUGUUUUUUUUUAACAAUACCUUGAAAAUAUGACUUAAAAUUGGGGUUUUAGAAUAUUUCCAAAAAAAACAAGAUAAUUAACAUGAAUCAUUUAAAUAGUACGAACUAGCUAAAACUCUUAUUUUUUAUGUUAAUCAUAAGGAAAAAAAAAACUUUAUAAGGAUUAUUUAAAAUUCUUCAAAAAAACAUAAAUAAAAAUUCUUUCAAAAAAUAGUGAAAUAUGUUGGUUUGAUAGAGUCCACAUAAAGCAAGUUAUGCAAUUGUCCCACGGACCAAAAUUUCUCUCACACCCUCUAAUCAUGAUCAACGGUCGAAAACCGUCUAACUGAAAAAUUCCUGUAUUCAGAAAAUUAAAAAAGAAAAUAAAAAAAGCUAAAAAAUAUGAGGUUCUCUCUCUUGCUCCCUUUCUUCUUCUUUUCUCUCCCUCAAACUCUUGUUAACUUCCUCUA